UCAACGAACGGCCUUCUGUCACCGAUAUAACCUACUGCGUCUCCUCUACCCGCAGCUGGAGAUCGUCUGUCACCUUACUUCCACCAUGUUGCUAACCAAGUGCCUGGGUUUAUUCUUGAUCGCCGGCGUAUUCUUCGCCUCUUCUGCUCAGGGAUCGUGUUGUGAUGGAGGAGAGGCCGUGAUAGUACCGGUUCCACACCCGGUACCACACCCGGUUCCAGUCCCCUGCUUGCCAGCAGCACCUCCCUGCUACCCUGCAGUCCACCAUGCUGCUCCCUGUUACCCUGCAGCCCACCAUAAUCCCUGUUACCCUGCAGCCCACCAUGCUGCACCCUGUUACCCUGCACAUACGCCCUUGUACGGCUCCUCUUACUGCCCUCCCGCUCACUACCCUGCGAUCACUAAAAAACUCAGUUGUGAGCAGAAGUUGUGUUCCUGUUUGAAAAAACUUAUAUGUUAAUCGAAUAAUAAAUGUUAUUAUUAUUACUA